AUGAAUAAGGUAGAAUUAACAGCUACUCAGCCAAUACCGAAAAAAUCUCAACAAAUUAAGACUGAUAAACCACGUCCACAUAUUUGUACUAUAUGUACUAGAGCCUUUGCUAGAUUAGAGCAUUUGAAACGUCAUGAAAGAUCUCAUACCAAUGAAAAACCUUUCCAAUGUGCUAAUUGUGGUAGAUGUUUUGCUAGAAGAGAUUUAGUUUUGAGACAUCAACAAAAAUUACACAGUGAAUUGGGUAGAAGAAAUAGUGAAGAUAUCAUUGUUUUGAGGAAUAACACCAACGCAAAUGCUCCCCUUACACCUAUGGCUACAAUCAAUUCAAAAUCACCAUCGAAUUUAUCAAUGAUUUCCAACAACUCCAGUUCAAAUUUGAAUCAAAAUGUGACUAAUCAAAAUUCCAAUGGCAAAAAGAAAGAUAAACCAAUAUUCAAGUCAGCUUUGUUCAAUUUAAACACUCCGCCAAAUUCAAAUUCCAAUUCUAUAUCAUUUCCAGUGAAUCAUUCACCUGAAAAAAUUGAUAGGUAUCCACGUCAUCAAAGUUAUUCUGCGGUUUCUUCCAAUAGUUAUACCAAAGAUUAUGAAUUACCAUUGAAUCUCGACCUUAAUUUGGAUUAUUUUGAUUAUCAAUUAAACCAUUCACCCCAAACACCAUCAACACAAAAUUUAAAUCAACCGGUGAAUUCUACUGAUAAGAAAAGAAAAUUGGAUGAUUUGUCUCCCACAGAAUAUCCUUUGGUAAGAUCACAUUCGAACCCUAUGCCAAACCAUCAUAUGGUAAUUCAGAAUGAACAUAUGGAUCCGAUUAAUCAUAGUAGUGUAUCAAGCAUUCCAGCAUCUAAUCCCACUUCCAUACCAAAUUCAAUUCCAUCAGUUGGAGUAAUCCAUGAAUCACCUUUCCACAGAGAAUCCAUAUCCGAAAAUAACGACUGGCUACAGGAGAUCAUCAAUACUCCUUAUGAACCUAAUUUUUUUGAAGAACCAACUGAUGAAAUAUCUAACUUAUUUAAAUCAAGACAAUCAGAUUUGAGUAAAAGUUUCACUGAUUUGAAUUUCCAUGAUAUUGAAAUGUAUUUACCCAUGGAAAUGAAUGACAACCACGGCCAAAAUCAAAAUCACUUCCAACAUGAUCAUCAGGGCCAAGAUCAUCUCAAUCAAAAUCAUCAACAUCAAAUGUCUGAUCAAAUAAGUUUUGAAGUACAACCACAAUCUAACAAUUCCGGUAAACCUUUGAAUAAUGAAUAUGCUUAUAUUAAUGAUGAGUUAAGGCAUAGAAUUCUUGUGGUUAGUAAUUUAUCAGAUCUUCAAUUUCCUUCAUUGGACGAAUUGAAUACUUAUAUGAAACUUUAUGAAAAAGAAUUCAACAAAUAUUUCCCUUUCAUUCAUUUACCUUCAUUAAAAAAUCCUAUGGUUGAUAAUAAUGAAAAUAUUCCUUUGUUAUUAUCAAUGGCGUCAAUUGGUGCUUUAUAUUCAUAUCAUGAUAGUAAUACUUUACUAUUAUUCAAUUUAUCAAAAUAUCAUAUACAGAAUUUCUUCGAAAAAGAAGUAACUUUGGAUAAUCUCCAGUUCAAAAAAGUUCCUUUAAUGGCACAUCAAUGUUUGGUGCUACACAUUUUCAUCUCAAUGUUCUUGAAUGAACCUCCAAUGAUAGACAUUACUUCUAGACAAAUGAAAUCAAUGGUUGGGUUAAUCAAAUCCACAAAUUUCCAUAAACCUUUGGAAAAUUUCUUGAUACCACCACAACCUAUUGAUUCCAAUGAAGAUGGUAGAUUAGUACAGAAUAAUUUCGAUUAUUUUAUCAUGUGUCAAUCUAGAAUCAGAACUAUCUUUGUGUUCUAUAUGUUACAACAAUUCAGAACUUCUACUUUAUUAGAUUUGAAUAUCUUAUUAAAUGCUAAUAACAUUAAUUGUGGAAGUUAUAGUUAUGAAAAUUUAUGGAAAUGUGAAAAUUCUAAUCAAUGGUAUGAUGAAUUAAUAGAUAUGGGAUUAUUAAACCAAAAUAAGCAAAUGAAUAGUAAUUUCCUGAUUAUCAAAUUAAGUAAUAAUAUCGAUAUGAAAGAUUUGAUUGAUAACUUGAACCAUUUCAAACCAACUAAGAUAGGUUUCAAUAAUUUACUUUAUCUUUUGAUAUAUUGCCAUGAAAGGAUUCAACAGAGUUAUUGUGACUUGAAAACAAAUUUCAUUCAAUUUGACCAGAUCAAUUGGAGAUUGAAAAAUCAUGAAUUGAAGAACGUCUUGAAAUCAUGGGAAAUGGUUUAUCAUUUCAAUGGUGGAUCCUUGAUAAUAAAUGAAUCAAAUAAUCAAUUAUUGAAUGAACAUAAUGAAUUCAAAUUGAUUUUACCACUUUAUUACUUUGCCAAAAUAAAGAUAGCUGUUAAUUUGACACCUAUCAUUGAAAGAAUUGUUUAUAAGGAUUGGGAGAAUAUGAACAAAUAUUUGAACAAUUUACAACAAGAUUUCGAUGGUUUGAAAGAAUCUAUCGAUUAUAGUUUGGAUAUCAUGAACUUAUGGAAUCAAAACAUUUCUGUUGUAAAUGAUUCUAAAGAGAACAACUUGAGAACACCAGUUUUCUUUGUUACUUGUGUUUUUGUAUCAUUAUUGCUUAUAAGUCAAUUCUUGUAUUCUAUUGAAGAUAAAGAUGGUAAGAUUGGGUUGGGUACUACUGAAAAAGUCUUAUGGUUAAAGUGUGAACAAACUUUAAAGAAAUCAGAAAAGAUCCUUUCCCUCAAUUCAACUUCCAUGGAAGAUUAUGAAAAUUACGAGAGUAUUAGGAAGUUGAUUGAAUCUAACGGUAACGAAAAGUUGAUAAUGAAUUCCUUGAAAUUAAUAAAAUUAAGUAACAAAUGUUUAUUUUUAGGGGUCAGAAUUUUAGCUGAUGCCCCAAUUUGGCCCUUAGCAAUGGGUUUUGCUGAAGCUUUAAAAAAUAGGGCCAACUAUAUCUCAAAAAUUUAA